UAACCAAAACGCGAUACGAGCGGCUGGGUUGGAUCUCAAGACAUGAGUUUUUCAGGUCUCAGGCAAUCAUGGAGAUUGAUCAAGAUGCAUUUGUUACAUGUUAUUGACUAGCAAGCUAGUUUUAAUAAUUUAGCUGUGAUUGCCGUGAUAGACAUCGUCUUAUGGCGGGUCUGUCGUAUUUAGUGUUCCGUUUUUCGGGGUCUGCUGGUCGGACUUACGGAGUGUUUUCAAAAGGUUUGACGAGGACUUUGUUGAUAUUUUUUGAUUUGGCAUGGCGACUUCGAAUCAGAUUUCCGUAUCUUUACCUUAUUGCUUCGAUGAUGUUCAACGUGCGAUUGCAGGUCCAUAUCGAAAUUCAUUGAGUUUACAUUGCUAUCAGUCAUACCAAGAGGGCCUUUGUGCAGUAAUGUGCAUGGUCAUCUUGCACUUCUCAAAGACUCAGCUGAAUAGCUAACUCCGCAAGGUGGAUAAGGGGGGCACUAAUGUCAGGGAUGGCUAUGACGAUACGCAGUGAGACACAUUGUCUCGCUCAGCCCUUGUCAUAGGAACCCAGUACCUUUGCUGUGGAAGGUCACCAUGAUGCUAUCAUCCAUAGCAGGGGCAGGAAGGGAUAUGUGAGUUUGUAUUGAUUCACAGCCAUCUCACCACCUGAUGCUCUGGAGUCAGUUCUCCAGUCUGAAGAAAAAGGGAAAAAUUACUGGUGGAAUUUUAUACUGCCUUAUCUGUCACAGACAGAAGGACCUAAGAAUGGAAAUGAUGCCGACAAUGGAACAAACAUCUUUGGGACUUUCUCUCAUUCCUUCCUUAAUUGUCAGAGUUCUGUUAUGAAGAAAAUCAUCAGAAUGUAUAGUCACCUGCAAACACUUUUAGAAGGGGAAACUGGAAUUAUGUCAUCAGAGGUCCUAUAGUUUAAAAUUAAAUGUAGCAUCUCACACAGCAUGACACAAACCAGAGCAUGCUUUUUGUUCACAGUGGUUGUAGCAACUUCGACUUACUGAGUGUUAGGGAGGUGUAAAGAAGCAGCAGGGCAUUGUUACACUUGGGACAAUUCUAAAAUGGUUUUCUGUCCAUCAAGAAGUAGGGGGCGUGUAUGUUACAGUAUCAAGCUAUCUCAUCACAUAAUCUACACAAUGACUUUUGAGUCAUUGAUUUUUCAGUGUAAGAAAAAGAUGUGCAGACCUGGUCAUGCACUCAUACAGGCUUGCACACACAUCACAGAAUUCUCUAUCUGUCAAGGUCUUGUGGAACUAGAUUUUAUGGCAUUUCAAUAGUGAUACUUUCAAAAUCAUUUAUAUAAUUGUGUUGGAUAUGCUUUGAUUUGUAUGUCUGUUUUCUCUGUAAUGAAUUUGUAAAUUCUUAUAGUCUGUAUUAAAAAGGUAAAUAUUG